AAUUAAAAAACAAAUGCGCAAGCGGCGUUGCAACAUUUCCGCGUUAAGCGCACAAUGCUCAGUCUCUAGUCUUAUUGUUAGUACUUAAGUCGAGAUGCUAAGGUCAGUGCCAAUUGUUUUUUUGCUUGUUUUCCUAGCAGGCAUUUGCUGCGAAAAUUUGAAGUUGGUUUUGCUGCACAACAAUGAUAUGCACUCUAGAUUCGAGGAAACGUCAAAAAAUACAGGUACUUGUAAGGAAAGCAACAAGAACUUAAGCUGUUACGGUGGUUUUCCAAGGACUGCGCAUGUCAUCAGAGAUUUUCGAAGCAAGGCUGCAAAAGGUGAAGUUCCUGAAGUUCUGUAUUUAAAUGCUGGCGACACGUACGCUGGUACCGUUUGGUACAGCGUUCACAAAUGGAAAAUAUGCGUGGAUUUUUUGAACGUGCUGAAACCUGAUGCCAUGUCGCUUGGAAACCACGAGUUUGACAGCUCACCGGAUGGCCUGGAACCGUUCCUGGAGGAAGCACGGUUCCCAGUUCUAGCAGCAAACCUGAACUUCACCAACGAACCAUCGUUGGUGAAUCUGGUGAAAAAAUCCGUGGUGCUCGAGGUUAAAGGCACUAAGGUUGGCGUUAUCGGCUUUCUAACACCGGAAACCAUCCAGAUAUCCCAAACCAGGGCUGUUAUAUUCAGCAGCGAAAUAAACUCGUUGAUCGAGGAGAGCGAGCGUCUGGAUAAACAAGGUGUUAAAGUUAUUAUAGCACUUGGUCAUUCGGGGUUUACUGUGGAUCAAGAAAUCGCUGCUAAAGUACCGCUCGUGGAUGUUGUUGUUGGCGGGCACACCAACACUUUUCUCUGGAACGGGAAGGCCCCAGAUUUGGAAACGCCUGAAGAUAUGUACCCUAAAGUGGUCACGCAGAAAUCGGGUAAGAAGGUACCCGUGGUGCAAGCCUAUGCUUACACUAAGUAUAUGGGGGUUCUCAACGUUACUUUCAAUGAUCAAGGCGACUUGGUUGAGUUUUAUGGUCAACCAAUACUACUGGAUCACACCAUUCCACAGGAUAAAGACGUGCUGGACAUGUUAGAGCCUUACAGAGUUAGAGUAGCAGAGCUCAGCAAACAGGUCAUCGGCAAAACUAAAGUUCUUUUGGACGGCGAUGCUAAUAGAUGUAGGAUGGAGGAGUGCAACUUUGGCAACCUCCUAGCAGAUUCAUUGGUGCAAUAUGUCGCUUCAUUAACCGGUGGUAAAUUCUGGACGAAAGUGCCAAUAGGCUUGGUGAAUGGUGGUGGCAUUAGGAACAGCAUAGACCCGGCUGUCGCCAAUGGUAAUAUAACCAGAGCUGAUGUUAUGGGUGCGUUACCUUUCGACAAUCGAAUUAUAACGCUUGAGAUUAUGGGAGAUGAUUUGCUUCAAGUUUUGGAGCAAGGUGCUAGAUUCGAUGGCAUUUCUUCUCGCGGUGAGUUCCUACAAGUAUCGGGCUUAAAGUACACCGUGGAUUGGUCCAAACCCCCCAUGCACAGAAUCAGCAACGUCAAAGCAAGAUGUGGCAACUGCUGGAUACCUAGAUACCUAGAUUUGGACCCUAAAGAGACCUACAACGUGGUGUCCAUCAGCUUUUUGACGGAAGGUGGAGAUGGCCACACGAUCCUGAAGACCAAGAGUUUCAACCAAAAAACCGAGGACCUGAACGACGUGGACAUUGUUCAGUGGUACCUCGAGAAAUACAGUCCCGUGUAUCCCGAAGUGCAAGGGCGAAUUACAAUUGUCGGCAGUGUAAUCCUGAACUCAAGUCCAGCCUUAUCCUGCAGCAUGGUGUUGAUUUGGAUUGUUUUUAUUAUUUCUAAACUUGUAUUUAAGUACAAUUUUACUUAAUUAAGCGACUAGCUGUGAUUAUAAAUUAUAAAGCAAUAAAUAGUCAUAGUACCCA